AUGAGUUCGUCAUCGUCUGACGAUGAAUAUGACGCUGCACUUUUAGAUGAGACAUCGGAAUCUUCGGAAGAUGAAGCUAAAAUGAUCAGUGGUAUGAUUCGUGAUGGAAUUAAUAUUUUGGAACGAACCAACACUUCAUCAUCAAUGAGUGCUAAUACAACAAGAAUUAAUUCUUCUUCUUAUGGUUCGGGUUAUCCAUUUAUCAAUCCUAUCGAUAAUAGAAUGAUUAGUAUGGAGGAUGAUGACGAAUCACAGAGUAGUAGUUAUGCGAGUAUUCAGAAAAAUCAUCAUCAACAUCGUCGUCAGCCAAAUUUUAAUAAUAUUUAUUUUAGGCUUGAUGAAGAGAAUUUGGAAAAUAGGCUGGGGGUAGGAUCAUCAGCAAUGCAUAGUCGUAUGGGUAGCAGUAGUAUGAUUAAUGAUAGUGCUAGUUAUAAUGGAUCAAUGAUGGCAAAUCGUUCCGAAGGUGUGAUUUCGUCUUCGGAUGAAGAUUCUUCAUCGGAAAUGGACGAAAGUGACACUACAGAGGAUGAUGAGGAGAUGGAAGAUGAGGAGGAUGAGGAAAAUGUGGAUUUGAGAGAAUGGCAGAUUUGUUAUCCAACAAAUACAUCUACUCUCUAUACUUCUUCGAAUAAUUUUGGAUCCAGCUCUGCACCAAUUGAAAUUUCACACGAAGAGAAUUCAUUUAUCAAUGAGACAAUAUUUUCACUCAUGGCCAAAAAUCAAAAACUCAUCGAGUUAAUUGGAUCAGAAUCUCCAAUAAUUGAUUAUUCAUAUGUCUUGCAAACUAGAAGUGAUGAUCCAACUCCUUACAUUCCAGAAAAUUUGUACACAUCUCUUGUUUACCAAUUUCAUCAAACAGUACUAUUCCAUGAGAAAAUUAGGAGAAAUUACGAAAAGAUUAUUGCUGAUAUUAAAUUGGCAUUCCGUGAUACUGGAGAGGAAGUUCAAAAAAUAGUUCAGGUUGUAGAAAUGAAUCAAAUACCAGUUCCUGCAAAUUUAAUUCCAGAAAAACAAGGAGGAGUCACUAAGGAUGUUAUUGCCGGUGAUAUUAGAGGAUUGGAAUUGAUGAAGCCACUCUCACAGAGAGAAGAUCCCAACUCAAUUAUGGAAAAUAGAACAAAAUUUAACAUUGAUGUAGUGUCGGCUCACUACAAAAAUCGAGCAUUUACCAUUCAAAUAAGAUACUACUUCCCUGAGGAUUAUUAUGAAGAUGAUUUACCAUUUUGCAUUGUACAGGGAGCUCCUUUUCUUACCUCUGCUAGAAGGAAGAAGCCACAAAGAACAGCCGAAAGCAAAAAGAGGAAAAAGAUUCAGAGAUUAAUUGAUGAAAAGAGGGCUAGGCUACAGGAAAUUCAUGGAUCCAAUACAGCCAUUCAAGUUCCAGUACCUCAAUCUACUCAACCAGUAUCUACCCUUGAGGAUUUCUCUAAUGGUUUAAGAGAGCUCAUCUAUUUUGUAGCUCUCCUUCCACAAGAGGACAAGCAACGUGCUAUUGACAUGGCUCUCAGAACACUAGUUCAAAAUGAUAAGGACAUUUAA